GUGGGGAGGCAGGUGGAACGGAGGAAUUUUCCGUCGCGGAUGAUCACUGCUAAUGGAGGCCGCCAUCUGCAUCUGCUGUCCGUGUUGCACGUGGAACAAAUUGUGCCCUCGGACAUGCUGCCAGUGGCUGUGUUGCAAGUUUUUAUUCACCCACGAGAGGAACUGUACUUGCUGUCCCUGCCCUUACAGAGACGAGAAGGAUUGCCAAUGCUGUCACUGCACCUGCUCGGAGAACCCAAAUUGCCACUGGUGCUGCUGUUCCUGUGCCAACGAUCCAGACUGCAAAUACUGCUGCUUUCCUCAUGGAGAUAACACCGUGUGCCACUACCACGAGAGCCGAUGCUGCAAGAGGCUCUCGUGCCACUUCCGAGAAGGUGGACUUCAGAGCGUACGUACUUCCAGAACUGUGUUCUUCUCUAAGCAUGAACGGGUCUGUCAAGGACCCAAUCUUCUGGAAUACCUCAUCUGUCCAGUCUGUUAUAAGCUGAGACUCCAUUCGUACAUCCUGCCCUGCAAUCACUGCCUUUGCGAAAAAUGCAUAUUCAGAUUGCAAGCCGAUGUCGAAAUCACGGAAAGUUUCUUCAUCCUGGUGUGCCCGCUGUGUAACAAGGCCCACUGCCUCCCCUACAGCAAUCAAAUGCAGCUUCCUGAAAACUAUCUGAAAGGUAAAUUGGUUAAAAAGUACAUGCAGUCGCAUGGCUUUCUAAAAUGGAGAUUCGACCGGCGGCCCGGACCAGCCUACUGUGAGGUGUGUAAAGACCGAACCAUGAAGGCCCACAAGCGUUGUGCUACCUGUCGGCUGAAUUUCUGCAGUAACUGCCUCAUACAAUUCCACUCUGACUUGUCCAUGCAAGACCAUGUCUUCAUGGACGCCUGCCCGGAAGACGUUGAGGAAAAGAAAUGCAUCCACCAUCGAAACACCAAUAUCACCGAGUACUGUAGAGAUGACAAUGAGCUUCUCUGUAUUUUCUGCAAAGAGGCAUUCCACAAUGGGCACGAUACCCUCAACUUGCUGGAUGCUUCCUCAGAGAUGGCAGCUGCUCUUUUCGGUGCAAUUGCAAAAUUUAAAGCAGUCCGAUACGACGUUGAUAAUGACCUAAUGGAUUUCUCCAUGUUAAAAGCCAACUCAAAGACUGAGAAGGGACUCAAAAGGAAAGAAAUCCGGAAUGGUUUCCUAAAGCUGCGCCAGAUUCUUCAGGAGCAUGAGAAAAUUUUCAUGGAAACACUGGAGAACAUUGACGGAGUCAAACUGAAAGAAAUUGAAAAUUAUGUCAAUUUCACGGCUGCAAAUGUGUCUCAGAUGGACCGGCUCAUUGCAUACUCCAAGGAAGCCCUGAUGGAGCCAAGUCAAGUGGCGUUUUUACAGUCAGCCAAAGGACUGGUAGAUGAAAUAGAAAACAGGAUUCUCACCACCUUCCAAUCUAACCCUCAUCUUAAGAAAGCCCUAAAACCGACUCUUUACGUGGAUUUCAAGCAGCUUGCUGAUAACUUGUAUGCUUUGUUCCCGACCCCUGCCCAGAUGUGCAUGGAAAACGACAACUCGGGACCUUACCAUUACCACUCGGAGCUAAUAGAUCCCCAAAGGGGAGGCCUCAACACCCAAAGCAUUUGCAUCGAACCGAUGUUGGAGGGGAAGUCAUCCUUACGCUCCCUCACCACGCCCUGUGAUCCAAACAGGGUGUGUAACGAAAUGCCUUCAGAAAUCCAAUCUCCGUUGCUUCCCAGGAAGUGUGAAGGGAUGCAUGCCUACUGGCCUGCCCCUCUGGAGGUUCAGAGCACUGAGAGGAACUGCCCAAACUGUGGUAGCUGCCACACUUGGUAUUCAUUUAACGAUGGAGUUUCCCGGGUCCCGGGCUCUAUCUUAAUCUACCAGACCCUUGUCUACCCCAGAGCGGCCAAGAUCUACUGGACAUGCCCUACUGAAGAUGUGGAUUACUUUGAGAUGGAAUUCUACGAGCUCAUUAAUUAUUCUCCCAACAAUACCAAGUCGGAGUUAAGUGGACAAAUCAGUGACAUAAGGGAACAACAUCUUGAGCUACAUAACUUGACUCCCAAUACUGAAUAUCUUUUUAAGGUCCGUGCAGUCAACGAUAACGGACCUGGUCAAUGGAGUGACAUUUGUAAGGUAGUUACUCCAGAUGGUCGAGGGAAAUGUAAAGGCAAAUGGGGUUUGCUGAAGAAUAUUCAAAAUGUUCUCUACAGACAUUUCUGAUCUCUCCACAAACAAGAAAACAAUUUUUAAAAGAU